AUUAAAGAUUGUUUAACAUUCUUGUGUGCUUAUUUCUUUUUUCGUUUCCAAUUAUUUAUCAAUGCGGCGGUCACUGGUGAUCGGCACAUUUUAGGUAGUUAGAUAGUUAAAAUCCAAAGCAAGUGAGAAGGUUUUCUCGUUUGUGGGAAAUUAAUUAAAUUUAUGAUUCAUCUAAUUGAUGACUAUUAUGAGAGAUAAAUUUUCGGAGGAUGCCAACGAGUUGUUACUGUAUUUUGCGAUAGCAGGCGGUGUAACCGCGGGUGCUCUCCUGUUGCUCUUCAUUUUAGUGUUCGUACUAUUUGUCAAAGUGAAUCGAUUAAGUACAGACGGCAAAAACUGUUUUACUAAGUCGAUGAAAUUGUUCAGGUCCAAUCAACUGAAUAGACAAACGAGUAUGAUGGCGGACUUUUGUUACACAAAUCCGACGAUUGUGCCAGGGGAAUUGUUGUCCCGUCGUGGAUUCUCGAUGUACAGCGGUUCCGAAAAUUUUAACGAUGAUUUUGGAACGAAGAAAGACUAUCAUUAUGGGACUUAUCACGAAGCACGAUCGAAAUUUUAAUAAUUAAUUGUGUUUGUAACAUACAGAUCAUAUCAGUAAGUUAAGAGAUUCAUUAAUUUAGUGUAAUUCAUUAGGUCUACUUUAUAGUGAAUUGAAACCACAUUUAAUAUAAAUGAUAUUUAUACAUAUGGUUUCUUUAAAAGAAUUAGUUUUCAGCUGAACAGCAAAAAGAUAUUUCAUAAAACGGUGAUUAAUGAAAAUAAAUCUGUACUUAAUUUGUUUUUUCUACGAAUGAUAAUGACUCUCAGAGAAAUUAUAUUGAUAGUGGUACACUCAGUUGCUAGCAGAUGACGCCAUAUACAUUAGUCACUCAGGGAAAUAGAAUGAUAUGUGUUCAUAGUUGAUAAGAAUUAAAUGGUUCUCUAUAUAUACAGUAUAUAGACUAAUUAAAGUUACUAAGAAAUAUUACAUAAAUGUCAACUAUUCAUUA